AUGGAAACUAAACCAUCCGCCACAGGACAGCCGAACGGCGAUGAAAGCGCGUGCACAAUCACACCCGUAAACACACCAGCCGAUCUCCACGACAUUGUCGCCCUCUUCCACGAGUACGUGGCCUCGCUGAAAAUCGACCUCAGUUUCCAGGACUUCGCCACCGAGGUCUCCAGCCUACCAGGAAAAUACAGCCCUCCCACCGGAUGUCUGCUGCUGGCACGCUCGCGCACCACUGGACAGGCGAUCGGCUGCGUCGCACUCCGGCCUCUCGAGCCCAAGGUCUGCGAGAUGAAGCGCCUCUACGUCUCGCCCCUUGGCAGGGGGGCCGGGCUCGGCAAGGCACUGGCGUUGCGGGCGCUGGAGCAGGCGAGGCAGCUGGGGUACGAGAGGGCGAGGCUGGACACGCUGGCGAAUAUGGGAAGCGCCAGGGCCCUGUAUGGGAAAUUGGGGUUCGUGGAGGUGGAGCCUUAUUACAACAGCCCCAUGAAAGACACGAAGUUCUUGGAGUUGACAUUGGGGUUGAGGGACAAAGACGAAACGGGGGCGUCGAUGAUGUGA